UUUCAUGGACAGAGGUCCAGAUAUAUAAAGCUUUCAGUUUCAGUUAUUUUCCCGUACAAAAAAAAUUACUCACAAAAUUUCCCUGCGUAACGUUGAAUAAGUUAUUGUAAAAGUUUAAAUGGGAACUGUAACAUGUUUGACAUUCGCCGUCGCGAUUAUUGUAAUUGGGCAGCUGAACUUGGUGGAUGCAACUAAAGUUUAUCAAGAUUCACAAUUUAACCCACUCCAACAAUUGAUGUAUUUGAGAUCAGCAGAGGAUUAUGCAAAGCCUGCCCAACAAUCAUCAGAUUUAGACCACAGCAAUCACCAACACACUCGAAAUGGCAGAUGCUUUUUUAGCACACCGUCCUCCGGCCGACCCAAUACGUGGUCGAAUGGGGCGCUGGACGGGAUUGACCUCAGUCCUUUCGACAUUGAUCCACGGCUAAGCAAUUCCCAACAAUUGCCAUACCAAAUCCUCUACCGCUCAUCUGGAAAUCAUUUGGUUUUCGCCCCCAUGGCCCGCGCACCCCCUCCGAAGGAUGACGCCAACCACGCCAUAAAACUCUAAUAAUUUAUAUAGUUGGAAUAAUAAUGCGUAAUGAGAAAUGUAGCCCAUAGAAAUAAAAUUGAUUUUGAGAA